UACAAUGGCUUAGAGUUAAGUAAAAGCCCCACAUUUUUUUGUUAACAUCAAAAUGAGGGAAAAGGGAAAUACAGACAAAUAGAUAAAAGUUUCUGUUUGUAAAAAUACAACAAGAACGAGAUAAACUAUAGACUCUGUCUAAUACGUGCUCGUCACCGACUGUCUCCAUUGUCAUUCUCCCUUCUUUUGUCCCAAAAUCACAUUUUAAUUCUACUCUUCUUGCAUUCUACAGGAAUCCAUAGCUGCGAACGCCAGUCCUGCCGAUGCGACGGAACAACCGGAACCCAAUUCGCUCGUCGAUCCGUACGGCAACAUGCUCAAAGACACGGAAAAACUCAAGUUGAUGUUGCUUGCAUGGAAUUAUCAGAACUCGGCAGCCGUUCAAAAUGGCACCGAUGGUCCGGAUUUUGCCACGAUGAGUGCUUUGUGGUCGCAAUACCAAAAUGCGUUGGCGAUUUCCACCGGUAGUGAAAAGUCCAAAGCGAACGAACAGUUUCAGGGCUCGAAUGACGCUGAAUCACGGAAAGCUGAUACGCCAGACGAAAAUAAUUCGAGCGGUCAAAAGGAUGAGGAUGAUUCGGAAGACGAGUCCGAAGAUAAGAUGGAACAAAGUCCACAAGAUCCGGAACGGUUGAAGGCGUUUAAUAUGUUUGUGCGACUGUUUGUCGAUGAGAAUCUCGAUCGUAUGAUUCCGAUUUCGAAACAGCCGAAAGAAAAAGUGCAAGCGAUUAUUGACUCGUGUACUCGGCAGUUUCCAGAGUUUUCGGAACGAGCACGGAAACGCAUUCGGACGUACUUGAAAUCGUGUCGUCGUAAUAAGCGGACACGUGAUGGAUGGGAAAAUACGACCCGUCCCACACCGGCACACUUGACAUCCGUACAAGCGGAGCAAAUUUUGGCGAUAGCGUGCGAAAACGAAAGUCUCAAUGUCAAACGAAUGCGUGUUGGUUUAGAACCCAUCGGACAUGGCACUGAUCCAAAUACCGUUUCCUUGGUUUCCAAUCACUCUCAAAUUGAGCCAGAUACUGUAACGAUUCCAACUCCCGCAAAUAUCGCGCGAAUUUCGCCGAUUUCAAAUGGUAACGCAAACAAUAAUCAAAAUAAUGCGGCACAAAAUUUGUCCUCGCACUCAAUGAAGGUUCAACAGCCGUCAUCAAGCAGUACAACUUCCUCGCAAAUUCCCCGAAUGAUUUCGACGUCGCCCGUCAAUUAUACGAUUAAAAAUGAAACUUCACGAGAUUCCGCAAAGGAAGCGGCUCCCUCGACUCCUAAGAAUUAUCACAAUAUUUUCGCAAAUCCAACUAAUACUCCGACAGAUUUGUCGCUUAAGCGUCCAGUGUUCCCGCAUAAGUUAAGCCAAUCGGAAAUUUUGGCGGUUAAACAAUUAAUUACGGGAUACAGAGAAAGUGCUGCGUUUCUGUUGAGGUCUGCAGACGAGUUGGAUCAACUUUUGCAACAACAGUAAAUAUUUGAGAAAAAAUAGAUUUUGAGCAUAAUUCACGAGAAAAAAGUGAUGUUAUCGUUAUUGUGCUCGAAUUAUUUGUGUUUGAAUAAAUUUGAAUAAAAAAAUUAUCGAUAAAUGCUUGUCGAUAGUAAAAAAAUGUACUAUUAUACAGGAAUAUUAUAAGCUUGAAAUGUUAACUGAAAAAAAUAUGGAGUAGAUAGUAAGUCACGAAUUUGCAUGCACAAGUGAUGCAUUUAUAGACAGAUUAUUGCUGAACACAUAAAUAAUUAAUAUUUAAUAAGAAUAUAAUUAAAAGAUUAAAUAUAUAAAUAAAAAAAAAUGU